AUGGCUGCCACAGUUCCAUGUGCAAAUAGUCCAAGACUUAACUCACAGUUCGCUAGGACUGCCGCCAACGGGUGGACAUCAGAAUUGAAGACCGGUAUUCUGCAGGUAAUUUGUGCUAGUCCUUUCGCCGGAUUGUACCAUGAAGACCCAUACACACAUCUUACUCGAUUCUAUGAGUUAGCAGGUACAACGGGUGUAGCUCAAGAUGAUGAAGAAACAUUGUUCAAGAGGUUGUUUCCACAUUAUUUUCUAUCUAAGGCAAAAUAUUGGUACCUGGAUCAACCCGAAGCAGUAAUGACUGAUUGGAAUACCUUGGAAGAAUUUCUUUUGGAAAGGUUUUACUCUCAAAACCGAUUAUUUGAUGCAAAAACCGCAAUAGCGGUAUUCUCGCAAGGCAAUAAUGAAUCAUUGAAUGAAGCGUGGGAGAGGUAUAAAGCUAUGCUGAGGAAGUGUAAGGGACACGGUUUUGCAGAAGUUGAUCAAAUCCACAUGUUCCACAAUGGUCUCACACCCACAAACAAGACAAUCUUGGAUGCCACAGCUGGUGGCUCACUUAUGUCCAAGACACCCGCUGAAGCUACUCAUGAUCGAACUGUCAGAGAUAAGAAGCCCGAAAUUUUAGAGUUGAAUAAUAGUGAUGCUCUGUUGGCUCAGAACAAGUUGCUAACAUCACAAGUGGAGCUUUUGACACAACAAAUGUCUAAACUACCGCAACAACUCAAGGAGCUGAAUGGUGUCUCUAAUUCCUAUCAAGUUGCUAAGUGUGAGCUAUACAAGGGAGAUCAUCAAACCGGAUUUUGCCCGCCAGUCUUGGAAGAAGAAGUGAAUUACAUGAACAAGAACCAAGAACAAAGGCAUAAUCAAUAUCAGAAUCACCCUCCGUAUCAACAAGCUAAUCAAUCGAAUGCAACAUUCUCCGCCAAUACUCAAGAGAAUCCAAAAGAGCAUUGCAAAGCAAUGGUGACAAGAACUGGGCAAAAAGGAAGUAAUGACGAAGUUGAAAACAAUGAUGCUGAGAAGGAAACAGAAAAGAAAGAUGACAAUCAUGAUGAAGAAGAUGAGGAAAAUGAAAUUAUUACAGGUGAGGCGGACCAAAGAAAUAUGAAUAAAGAAGUGGAAAAAAAGAGACAAAUCAAAAAGAAAGAGUGCGAGUGA